AUGUGGCAAACUUAUACUUUAUGGACAGCUUACCUAAUAACAAUAAAGUUAGGUAUUAUUGGUAAUAUAUGGGUGAUUUGCUCAGUUAUGCGAAAUGCACGACCACGAAAUUAUCGCUGGUCAUGUCAAAGGCCAAGCGAUCGUCUCAGAAGUUUUAUUUUUGUCUUAGCAAUUGUUGAUUUUGUUGUCAUUUGUUCGCUUUUUUUGCGUAUUAUUUAUGCGUUCGAUGAAAACUUAGUUUUCGAGAAAUGGAGUUGUCAAGGAUUAUUUUUUCUUGAGCAAAUAUCAAAAAUGGCUUCCAUGUUUUGUUUGGCAUGUAUUAGCCUUGGAAGGUACAUUACUAUUCGUAAACCAUUCAGUAGUCAGAUUCGUAGUCGUUUUUACCGAAGUGUUCCAGUGAUAGUUUUUUUGCUAUUUAUUUGCAUUCUGAUUCCUAUUUUAUUCACAUCAGAAGAAAUUGAAACAAGCGUGGAUAAACAAGAUUGCAUUAUCAAUGCGAGUAAUCAGUGGCAUCAGCCAAACAGUAUUUGUGUUGCAUUAACUUUCACAAUUUUACUUGUGCUCGUCAGUGUAAAUUACGGAGAAAUCGUACGACAUGUGCGUCAAAAAUUUUCAAAACGAAAAGCACGAGAAUCUGCCAACUUUAACAAUAAUCAACAACGAUUAUCAGAACCACGUUACAUGCGUGAAAUGACUUCAUCAAUUGCUCGUGUGGCAGUUUUUCACAUAAUUUGUUGGCUUCCGUUUUGCUUCUUUUCGAUCGUUUCUAUUAAAACUUGGUCACUGGUAUCUGUAUCAAUACGACCGAUCCAACGGGUUAAAGAUAAACAAUGUUGGGUUCUGUGGGUUUAUGUCAUAGUAAAUUGGCUAACAUACUUAAAUUCAGCGUUAAAUUGGAUUUUCUACGCGGUUAUGAAUCGAGAUCUCAGGGAACUUAUUAGGUAA